UGACAGUGCCACGAGUCUAACUCGAAAAUGAAAUAAAUUUUUAAAAAUAUUUUCUUUACCCACAAAUUCUGAUGACAAAUAAUGGAAGGAUAUAGAUACCCAUAUCCUAAUCAAUAUCCCCCUGCAGGAUCAGAGGGGCAGUUUCCUGAUCAUGGGGAUGGUUUUGGGGAUUAUUACGAUGCGGGCCCUAUUCAUGAAGACAAAAGCACAAGAAGACAAAGUCACUCAAAGCAAACUAAAUCAAAACGUGCAACGAACAGAUCACGUUCGAGAAGUAGAACAUCCCUCUCAGAUCACUCCCGAUCUCAUUCACGGACAUCAAGAUCUCAUUCACGGUCAAGAUCACGAUCAAGAAGCAGAAGUCAUGGGCGAACGGGGAGUCGCCGGGACUUAAACAUGCGCGAGCCAAGCUUUCUGGACGCUUUUCGAAUUUUGUAUCUAACGCCUAGUAAACAUAAGAAGAGUACGACGAAAUACUUAGCAACAAAAAAACGCCAAGACAGGAUACAGGAGAUACUUAAAAGCGACGGCCUCGGCUCAAAGCGGUGGAUGUUCUAUCCUCGGUCACGUAUGCAUGAUGACAUGGCUGUUGUCACAGUCAAUGGAGUGAGCGUGACCCGUGAUUGUGACCAACGUGUGAAAGUUGAUGGUCAUUUUCUCAGAAAGUACAAACGCAGUAAACAUGUGGACAAAGAUGCCCCGAUCGCAAAGCUGAAACGUUGGGAGCUGAUUUUUUAUAAGAAGCUAGGAUUUAUUCAAGCUGUUUAGUUAUAAAGCUUUUAUUAAUAUGUUGUUUGUAUUGCCAAAUACUAAUCAUUCUAUUAUUAAGGAAUUAAAAACGACAUAGACUUCCUUCGCUCAAUUCACUAACAUAAUAGCUGAAUUAGUGGCGCUGCAACGUU